AUGGAUACUAUGGUUGACAUCAGUGGUUGCGCUGAUAGGGAUGUGGUGAAGUUUGUAUCUCAGUCGUUCAAAUGUGAGGCACUAGCUUGGUGGAGGUCUUUGAUCCAAGCUACUGGAAAGAUUCCAUUGUACAAUCUGUCUUGGGAUCAGUUUAUGACGUUGAUCAAGGAGAAUUACUGUCCUCAACAUGAAGUUGAGAAAAUCGAGUCCGACUUCUUAUCUUUGGUGAUGAAAAAUUUAGACUGUCAAGCAUACCUCACCAGCUUCAAUACCAUGUCUCGAUUGGUUCCUUACUUGGUGACGUCGGAACCAAAGCGAAUAGCUCGUUUCAUUGGGGGUUUAGCCCUGGAGAUCAAGGCCAGUGUAAAGGCAUCUCGACCUGCUACUUUUAGGUCAGCAGCUGAUUUAUCUUUGUCUCUUACCCUUGAUGCGGUCAAUCAGAGAUCGCUUAGGCAUUCGGAUGAGGGAAAGAGGAAACGUGAGGAUGAGAACUCACGAAAUUCCAAUAAGAAGCACAAAGGGAACUCCGAGCACAAGAAGAGUUCCGGGUUUAGAAAGGAUGAUCAGCAGUCAGGUGAAAAGCCCAAGUGUAAAGUUUGCAAGAAACGUCAUCUGGGUAAAUGCAGGUAUGAAUCGAAAUCCCAAUCACAGCCGAGAGCUUGUGGGAUUUGUAAGUCUUCUGAGCACAAGAUGUUAGACUGCAAGAAAAUAAAGGAUGCGACGUGCUAUAACUGUAACAAAAAGGGGCACAUCAAGUCCAACUGCCCUAAGUAUGCCAAAAGGCCUGAUGAAGCCAAAAAGACCAAUGCUAGGGUCUUUCGAAUGGAUGCACGGGAAGCAGUUCAGGAUGAUAAUGUGAUAACAGAUGAUAAGUUUUGUAAGUUGUUAAAUUUGCCUAUUAAGACCCUAAGCAUAAAGUAUGAAGUAGAAUUGGCCGAUGGUACCAUAGAAACUGCUUCAACGGUGUUAGAUGGAUGUUUUAUAUCCAUUAGGAACCACUCCUUUCUGUUAUCUUUACUUCCUCCGAAAUUAGCUGGUUUCGAUGUAGUGAUAGGAAUGGAUUGGUUAUCUCAUAACCAAGCUCAGAUUGUUUGUGACAAGAAACAAGUGAUGAUCAAGACCCCGUAUGGUGAGCCACUUACCAUACAGGGAGACACUCAGUAUGGGUUGCCUAAGCAGGUGUCUAUGCUUAAGGCGUCAAGAUGUUUGAAGAAGGGUUAUGUCAUUUACAUGGCACAGGUAACUAUUGAUGAACUAAAGCCCAAGAAGGAAGACAUCCCUAUCAUUUCCGAAUAUCCAGAGGUAUUCCCUAAAGAAUUACCUGUUUUAGACAUGUUUGAUGAGGUGGAGUACCGUUGUGUUAUUGGCGGCUUGUUAUCGAUGCGAAAGUUGCUGAGAUUUGGGCGUUUGUGGUGA